AUGCGAAUUCGCCUACAGGGAGCCGGAAAGGGACUGGCAAAGCUUGGCAGUCGAGCACGUCAACCGACAGAGAGACUCAAGAAUAUACUACCAGGACGGGCGCCGAUAGGGACAGGGGCAUUAUCUGCACCCGAGGUCAGGGCGAGGAAUUCGCGAUUGAAAAGCCUGGUCAAUGACUUGGAAGAAUCUUCGAGGCCAGAUACCAACAAUGCAGCUGGGUCGGGUCUAGAUGAGGUGUUUGACGACGUCGGAGCUUCGAGACAGGAGUCCCCGCCAUCUCAGACCCGGUCCAGAGGUGGCAAGCUCAGAGAGGGCAUUCUGGUGGACAAUGGCAUUCCUCUCGUCUCUCCGAUCCUUGCCCGCGACGCUUGCAAGUGCUCGGAAUGUGUCGACCCUUCCGACCGACAACGCAAUUUCUCCUACGCAGACAUACCCACCGACAUUGGUUUCAGCAGAGUAACUCCCGUCGAGAGUUCGGGGGACACCAUUGUCAGCUGGCGCAAUGACGCUCCCCCGCACUCCGCAGGUACAUCGACAAUCUUCGACAAGGAGACCAUCUCGUCUCUGAGGAAGCCGUUCCGCAACCCGCGCUGGCAUCUGUACAGCCUGGCGCAGAAACUGUGGGACGCUGAGUCAUUCACGCGUGAUUCCAACCGAUUCGACUUCAACGAGUACAUGAGCAGUGACGACGCCUUGGCCGAGGCUCUCCACCUGCUGUGGCGGGACGGCCUCGUGUUUAUCGACGGGGUGCCCGAGUCAGAGGGUUCUGUUUCGCAGCUGGUGACCCGUAUCGGACCGCUCAUGAACACCUUCUACGGUCCGACAUGGGACGUCCGUUCGGUGCCCAACGCCAAAAACGUCGCCUACACAGCCAAAUACCUCGGGUUCCACAUGGACUUGUUGUAUAUGCGGGAGCCUCCGGCGUUCCAGUUCCUGCACUGCAUCCACAACGAGAGCGUCGGGGGCGAGUCCCGGUUCGCCGACACAUUCAAGGCUGUCGACGAGCUAUACUCGCAAGACCCGGCCAAGGUCCGCGACCUGAUGACCUACCCGGUGCGGUACGAGUACGACAACGACGGCUACUUCUACUCGGACCUGAAGCCCACGAUCCUCAAGCGACAGGAACUGAACGUGCCCAACCGCCCAACCCACAAUGCCCAACACCCGUACGUCAUGUCCGACAUCGGCCGCGUCUACUGGUCGCCGCCGUUCGUGGGCAACAUCCACCCGAAGCUGGAGCACCACGAGCUCGUGCGCUUCGUCGCCGCGAGCAACGCCUUUGCCUCGAUCCUCGAGCGGCCCGACAUGGUCAUCGAGGAGAAGAUGGACAGCGGCACGUGCGUCAUCUUUGACAACCUCCGCGUCGUACACGCCCGCAAUGCCUUCGACCUCAACUCGGGCCGCCGCUGGUUGAGGGGCGCGUACCUCGCCCGCCAGGAUUUUGUGAGCAAGGCCUCGUCCAUGGUCCACCGGAUGCCCGCCAACAUUAGGUUUUAUACGCUCGACGGCGAGCAGUCGUGA